CCGCCCAUGACCUCGACCCCCUAGCGCUCGAGUGACCAGGCCUGGUUAGCGGCUGAGGCUGCUGAGCCCGUCCUCCAAGCGUCUUCCAGACGCUUUCCUCACGGCUGCCCCAGAGUAUAUAUCAGUCAAUAUUUUGGUGACUUGAUUGUGAUGAAGCUUAGUUGACAGCUGUGUGAAGAAAGCCUCCUUCUCAUGAACUGCUCCAGCGGAUAUAACACGAGAGACAAGAAUGGCAGCUAUGAGAAGAGUAAUUUGCUUCCUACAGCAGAAUUUAGGGAAGAUGAGCUUUCCCACUUCGCAUCACCUGCACACAUCCUCCAGGCAGCCUAGCUCCAACAGGGCCUCUCUUACUCGAAUACAUAGGGAGACUUAUGCUCGGCUGUAUCCAGUGAUGUUGGUCAAGCAAGAUGGAUCCACCAUUCAUAUCCGAUAUAAGGAGCCUCGGCGAAUCCUUAUGAUGCCAGUGGAUAUUGACACACUUUCUCCAGAGGAAAGAAAGAUGAGACUACGCAAACGGAGUGCCAAGUAUGUUGAAGUGAAAAAAAAAGAGGCAGAGUUUGGAGAUGACUUCAGUGUGGAACAAUACACGAAAUUUUGGAAGAAAAACUGAACACAUUUUGAUGUUAAGAUUGUAUAAAGUGUGAGUGCAUUUAAUGUACACAAAUAUAUUACUAUUUGAAAAAAUUAAAAACUGCCAAACCAUA